AUGUAGAUGAAGAUGUUGAUGAACCUGAUACGUCGUCGGAUAUUAGUUACUUAGAUGAUAAUAUGGAAAAUGAUCAAAAUGUGGUAAAUGUAAAGAGAAAAAAGAAUCAGAAUCGUAAACUGAAGGAUUCUCAACAAAGAAAUAAGAAAUCUACUCACACAUGGACACCAGAUGAAAAACGUGUCGUUCUCGAUGCUUUUGGUCAUUACAUACAUUCCACUGACAAGAAAUUACCCACAUUCAGUGAAAUUGGAAAUCUUAUUCAAAAGCAUAAGGACUUAUUAGGACACCAAAAAGUGCCUGCGAUUAAAACAUGGGUACGCAAUCAAAAACAAAAAUAUAAAAAGGGAAUGAAAGUAUAAACACAGAAUGAUUUCGUUUUUAAAUGAUACCUUAGAACAUCAGCAAACUAUAACUAUUUCAAAAAAGAGCAAUACUUUGUAACCAUGAUUGAUCGCGACAAUAGCCGAGGUGAUCGGAGAAGUUGUGUAUAAUGUCCUGAUUCAACGGCCCCUGUCCCUGGUUGAGUGUUAAUAAUGACGUUAAUAUCUCUCACAUUGUCAAGCCAAACUGGCUCUUCGUUCAGCUUCCGACUCAUCCAUCAUUUCUCCUUAUGCAAAAUUUGGAAGACAGCAUGAUAUAUUGGUAUAAUGAUAAAUACUGAACAGAAACACUUGAAUCCAUCUGUACAUAAAAGUUGUCAAGAAACUCUACAAUCUUCACGCAUAAUUUGCGAUUCUUAGUCAAUAUGGACUAGAGUUUAGUACAAUCGCCAUUGAUAAUCUCCUUUAAUCGCGUCAAAAUUGAUCAUUUCGCUUUUUGACUUCGUUCUUUACUCAUGUACUUCUUCGUAAUACUUUAUUGAAAUCGCUGUGAAUACUCUGACAAACAUAUUUCCUAAUAGUUGAUUAUUUACAUAGAGAUAUGGUAAAUAACGCAGUAUAUAUAUCAUUCUAACAAUGAUC